GUGUAGCUGUCUCACCCGUUGGUGCUUCGUUUGUUCAGUACUGGCUUUCACGGAGGCCAUGCCUAUUCGCCGACCAUCCGCCUCGGCGGGUCACUCCAAUCCCGUUCCAAGCAUCUCCAGAGUUCACAAAAGCAACGAUUCCCACCAUACGCUCACUGUUGCUUGUCUUCCUCAACUUCCGUCCAUAGCCUACACAGCUGCGUCAGCAACUCCGCAGCAAAGAAUCGUACAGGCAUUGAUAAAUAGGAUAAAGGACAAGCUUCCGUCGCAUUCUGGGCAUGCCCUCGACAUUAUCGAAGCGGACACCGCAACACAAAGUGCCGUCGACGCCCUGGUCGAUCUCGCACAUGAUUCCUUAGAUAUCAUCGCAUAUUCUCUCUGCGAGCUUCUUGAGCGUCUCACGAAACAAAUUGACGAGGAUGGGCAUAUGACAACUGAAGCACUUCAGUCACAACUUUUUAUCCUGAAGAUAUUGUCUGUCACAAUGGCGUCAAGGUGGAGCUCUCGCCAGGACGAGAUUGCAAGGUCAAGUUUGCAUGCAAGUCAAGGAGGAUCACCCUCCCUUUGCACAUCCGAUAAUGCCAGUGCCCCCAAAUACUCGGGAUCCACUCUACACAGCGGAAAAGUCCCAUCAGAAUUAUCUUCCACUGCACCUGCUGGACCAGAACCAUUUCCUCUGGAUGACAACUGCGCCCGGUACAUUCUGAGUGUUAUGGUGAUGUAUUUACGUCAAACUGCUCCUCCAGACAGUCGUUUGAUGUCUUCGUCCAACUUGGCCCCUGAUGCCUCAUUACGUGAUUUCGAGUCUGUCGAUCUACCUAUCUCUUCUCCGGAAUUCGAAGAAUUUUCCAAUGUCAACGGACCCCCUGUCCCGUUCCCGAUGUCCGAAACAUCCAAACCUGCUUUGAGGUUCAAGAAUUCGUCUACGUCGUUCCAGUCCGCCGCUAGCUCGGGUCAUUUGUAUCUUACUCGCUCUUUCCAUUUCGAAAAGACGCAUAUGGCAUUAGUGAAGUCAACAUUGGCCCUCAACCUCCUCAUAAGCAAGUUCGCUGGCCGAAUCGUGUUUCAUCUGUCGGCAUUGAAUUGGCCUAUCGUCUUUAGCAGAAUCCGUCAGAGGAUUCGUCAUUUGGCCAGUACUCAAGAUGACAACCCGGAUACCGUUGACCUGCAGCUCAUGACGCACAGUGCCAUGGAUAGGACACGCCUCACUCAGGUUCUUCAUGAGCUAUCCUCUUUACUCGUGAACAUGAAGAAGCAAGCGCAGGCCGCCGUUGCUAUUCCACUCCGUAUGGCGUUGUGGAACUGGAUUGACCUGUAUCCGCAAGAGUUUAACGAGGCGGUUAGAUCGAGGGGUAGAUUGGAGGGUGCACCAGAACGAGUGUUUGAUUUGCUAUAUAUGGCCAACGAACCUGGACGAGAGCGUGCCCUGUGGCCGACGCUGACAAUCCUUGCUUGUCUAUCACCGGAUCGUGUCAGCUUGGAAUAUCAAACUCCUAGUCAUUCUCAUACUUCAAGUUUCAAUGUGCUGCAAAAGACAUCUACCCAGCGCAAAGACAUACGUUUCGUGGAAGAACUUCUUAGACACUUCAACUCGAAUACAAAGUUAACGGACGUGGCGAUCGUUUGCGCCAUCGACAUGUGUCGUGCAGGAUUUAGGAUAUCUCCGGAGGGGGAGAUGCCUGUGAGGCAUAUUGCUGCGGAUAUAGCGCAUGAGGUUAAGGGAGUUAUUCUAUGCUCGGCUAAGCAGCGUCCGUUCUGGGAAUCCUAUGAAGAGGUUGAUGUUGCAACGUGGGCUGAAGCGCUCGUCACCACCUUUAGGUUUUUGCCUGAAGAAGAGUCGCUUCCGAUAUUUGCGUCGUGCUUGGAACCUGAACGGUCUGACGCCGUCAAGAUCUGUGCUAUCAAGGCUUGUACGACGCUCGCCGCUGAGGCCUCUCGUCUUCCGUGGCAAGGCUCACUGGAUAAACUCAGAUCUAUUGUCGGUCCUAGACUGCGGGCUAUUUACGGGGUGGCCUCUAUUCGCGGUAGUGAAAUUGAUAGCAGCGGUAUUCUGAGGAGAGCGGCAGAUCGACCCAAGGCGAAGCGUUUCACAUCCGAGACUCUUCCUGAUACCGAUUUGUUGCUUAUUGCCGUUCUUACACUAUGGAGAGCUUCUCCAGAUUAUUAUAUCUCGCAGAUCGACAGCUCUCAUUUCGAUGACUGGCUUGCCACUGCUGCCCGGAUUUGGGACUCUGAGGCAGACACAGCGGUGAAGAUCGGAGCGGCCAUGACUAUUCAGCAGCUCACGGAUAUAUACUUCCGCAUGGAUCCCGAGGAUCCCUCUCAUGACAGGCUGGAAUCUUGGAUGGAAGGGUUAUUGUCUGUCACCUUGAUCUGUGUUUCAAAGAAACUUCUCAUGAGUAGGAUGGAGCCAGACAGUCAGAGGAUGUGGAUAAGCGUCGCUUCUCAGGUCCUCGAGGCCUACUACAGGAAGAGCGAGGGCGACCGGGCUGCAAAAGUGCAGUUCAGUGCGAAACGUUUACCCGCAUUUGCAUUGACGGAGAUUGCGUUCCUGGUGUCGCUUACGUCCGCAAACAGCGAGGUUUCGCAACUUGCUGCCCAGGGACUUCGUUCUAUUGCGCAGGCGGAACGCCACCCCAAAGCUCCGAUUAACACAGGACUUACCGAAGAGGAACGAUCGAAACGAAAUCCAAUAUAUGAACAGCUCGGAGAUCCCAGUGUUGUCAUCGUUGGUCGUGUCCGAGAGCAGAAGCGCGUCAGAAAGCUUUUGCGCUUAAUAGCAUACUCUUCUCCCAUAUAUAUUGCUGUCUGGGAGGAGUGCUUUUGGAGAUGGAGUGCGCUGUCAGAGUUUAUUAUUUCUCACCCAUUGGCUGUUCCCGCCGCGUUUGAUGAAUAUCACCUGACCUCACAGGAACAGUUGCGAUCGCUUGAUGAAAAAUUUACCCAAUGGAAACAUCUGACGUUGUUCUUGGCCUCGUUUGGCGGUGCUACAGUUCAAGAGCGGCACGUUCCCACUGCCCUAACUACCGUUAUUAUGGGGGAAUAUCUUCCCGACGAGAUGCGGGCGUUGCGUGACCCAGAAGAAUUAGUCAAUACUUUCAUCGAGUUCCUAACUGCUGCCCUCGUCGACGAAAACGCUCGCGUUCGCGAAACGGCGAAGGAGGCCAUUGGGUCGGAGCUAAACCCCCGUCUGCUAUCGAAACUUUUCAAGCAUCUUGAUGAGAUCACUCGUAAUAUCACUGAGGGCGCAGGAAUGGAUUAUAAGGAAGAGUAUGCAUUGUUCCUCGAACAGCUGCUAACUGCCCUGAAAAUGCUCGUCGAUAAUGCUCAGUCUCCACCUGACGAAGCUCUCAGCAUCGACCUGGGGUCCAUUCUUUACCUUCUGGCUGAGUUUAUCUCCCGGUUCGACGAUCUUGGAGCGUACCGCAUGCGUGUGAAGUUCUGUACCCUUUGUGACAGCGUUUGUGAACGUAACGAUACCUUAACUCUGCGGAAAGAUGAUAUGUCCCGUAACCGUAUAGUGGACAUUCUUAUGGAAUGGUUCCAAGACCCUGCCAUGCAUCGGGAUGCUGACGCAAAGCUGCUUCAGUAUGACAUCAACUUGGCUUGUCUGAAGACGAUUGUCAAACUUCUCGACCGGCUCAAGUUGCAACCUAUUGAUACCAAUGUGACACACGACGGUGAUGAUUUGGGACAUGCGAUCUCUCGGCUUUUUAUUCGGUAUUCACAGGUGCUUCUGAGGGCUCUUGAGAUUUGUCAGCCAGACAAGCUAAGUUCGGACAGCUGCUCGGAUGUUCCUUCCUUGCAAAAGAAGUCACAAAUCUCUCACAAAGAGGCUGACUUGCGAGAUCUCGCCAUAACGGGGUUGUCCCACCUGGUGGUCGCUAAUUCGGAGAGCGGUGUGAAGCAUUGUAUAGCUUCCGCAUACGAUGAUGAUGUUAGGAAGCGUGUGAUCUUUGUACAUGUCUUCGCACGCGUAUUGGGCAAAGGCACCAAGUUUGAACCUCAAGGGAACCUCGAACUACAAGCUCGACGAAACCAGUUGCGUGAGCUCGUGAAAGGAUCUAUGGUACUUCCAAUGGUGAUAUGCGAGUGUUGUCCUCCUAAUGAAGUCGACAUGAUGAUUUCGGUGCUGAUGAACAUCUUCGAUACUCGUGCCUCCUUGAUGGCUCUUUUGAAGACCAUGAUUGAUCGGGAAAUUGCCCACACAGAGAGUGACGCGGCCCUCUUUCGAAGUAACUCCACCUGUACACGGUUCCUGUCUGCGUUUGCGAGAAUCCAUGGCUACAACUACUUGCGCAGCUUGAUCUCACCUCUAAUUAAUGCCAUGACAGCGAUGCCCCCUGGUCACGCUUACGACCUUGAUCCUGUCAGAGUUAGUCCCGACAAGCUGGAACAAAAUAAGAAGGACGUGGAAUUCAUCGCGUCCAGCUUCCUGGACAUCAUUAGCGCGUCGGUGCCUGCCCUUCCGCCAAUGUUUCGAGAGGUUUGCGCUCAUCUGGCCCGGUCUGUGUAUCAAGUAUGGCCCGAGUCGAAAUUUGCUGCACUUGGAGCUUUUAUAUUCCUGCGGUUUAUUUCGCCAGCUAUUGUCGCACCCGAGAUCGUUGACGUGGAAGUACCUAAAGACGACGCUGUCAUCCGUCGAGGCUUGAUGGUAAUAGCGAAAGUGGUUCAAAAUUUAGCGAACAACAUCUUCUUCGCUAAGGAGGCGCACAUGGUUGGUUUGAACGAGUUUCUGAAAGCAAACAUCACGAAUGUCACAAGAUAUCUCAGCGAAGUUAACAAAUACUCUGCUGCAGCCGCGGAGGAGCAGUCAAGUGAAUGGUUGGGUACAUCGGCUGAUGACACGGAUACUAUCGUUCUACAUCGCUUUCUGGACAAACAUGCCGACAAAAUUGGCAAGGAAUUGUUGAGCUAUGUGAAACCCAACGAGGAAACCUCGACUGUUGGCGCCAAGCGUGCGUGGGACCAGCUUUGCAGCCUCUUGGUGGAACUCCAGGAAGCUCCCGAGGUCCCUCGCUUCUCGCAGCUUCCCAGCCGCGAACAUCGGGACUUCAUCGGUUUGAUGAAUCGAUGUGCUCACCGAAGCAUCGAGUCAGUACGAGAAGUUUUUGUUCCGGCAGACGUUCCCACGGACCAUCCUGCAAUCUUUGUCCUGCGCGUCCGCAGAAUAGAUGUAGAAGCCCUCGAUAGUCGAGUUACCCUAACCGGCGCAGAGUACAAUCAUAGAUAUUAUGAGAUCAUUCUGGAUUGCACUUCCUUCACCUCGACGUCCGAAAUCCCCGUCCAGUGGAUGAAUACAUGUUCACAGCUAAUCCCCUCCGACGUCCGGCAACGAUUUACUAAUAUCUAUGUACUCAACGCCAACUCACUGACGCAACGGUACUUAAGGCGACUGUACAAUAUAUCAGCAGGAACGGUUCUCUCAUCUGGUGUGAAAAUAUGUCCGUCGGUCCGGGAAUUAAUGCAACAUGUCCCUCGGGGGUGUCGCUCUGUACUCGAAUAUCCUGCCUCCUUGGAAGAUGAAAACAAUUCACCUUUUGCCGACGUGACUAUGAGACAGGCUCAGGACAUUCGCAUGCCCGUUAAAAUGGAGGUUGCGGUCACACACAUCCGUAUAACAUCGAUACGAGCUGUCGUAAUAUCACCUUCUUUGUCUUGCAAAUGUACAGAGAUCAUCCCUCUCGCGGAUGUUAGUGACGUCUACAACGUCUCGACCGGCUUAGACCCGAACGAAUUUAUCAUACGCUUGAGUAAACCGAGUUCUACAUCCUACUUUUCUUCGCAGUCUCGUGACGCUAUUGUGAAGUCUAUCAGGGCUGCGAAGAGUCAACUUCGCGACAAUCAUACCUUCAGUUCGGAAAGAUUUCCUAGGUUUUCGAAUGUAUCCGCCACCCUCCUCCAUGUUGGGAUGCUCAACAUUGACUCGGAAGAAGAGGAACUCCGUAGCGCAGCUUACGAUCUAUUAGGUGCUAUUUGCUCGUAUCUGAACUACGACAAAAAUCCAGUAAUCACUUCUAAAGCUGGCAUCUUACCUGGUGAUAUCCCUACCUUUGUCAUAGGCCUAAGCGAGCGCCUUGCGAGCUUUGCGCCAAAGAUCACCUUAGAUUUCUUGAACGUGAUGGCCUCAGGGAUGGACAAGGCGAAGGUCGCGCAACGCAUCAAUUGUUUACAGUACAUGAGUCCAUGGGUAAGGAAUCUGGCAUUCUUUUGUAUGCCCUCUGGUCCAUUGUACGAACAUUCGGGUGCCCGUUUACGGGAUUGCGUUCGCUCGCUGAUCGACUUGACUGUCUCUGAUCUCGAGAUAUCAUCAAUGGUCCAUAAACAUAUCUGGGCAGAGAUCGGGAAACAGGAUUCGUCAAUACUGAACAUUGUGCUGGACGAGCUGGUCCGUGCUGCAGCAGACGGUGGUGUAGGCUCACGCAGAUGCGAAACUAUAACGCGGACGGCAGCUGGCCUCUCCUCUAUCAAUAUGCGAGGAAAGAUCUUCGUGAAGCUUCGCAAAGUUCUUGGAAAGACAUCCCUUAAGCCUUCAAAAACUCUGCCGGAAAAUAUUCAUUGGAACGAAAUAGCCACCUUGGCACGCUUUGCUCAUGUGGCUAGUAACUACUCCAAGCAAGCUUUCCAUGACCAACUAUACUUCCCAGACAUCUGCCAUGUCGUCACUCUUGUGGCUGGAACUGGGCAGACUCUGGUACGCAAGUCGAUCUACGGGCUUGUUAUGAACUUCCUUCAGUCCCUACUUCUUGCGAGGGCUGAUGACCCUAGCGGACCUAAUCUUCGUGCUCUCGUUGACGAGAUGAUGACAGCUGAAAAGCUUCAGCUCUUUGGCCUCACCCGGCAAUCACGCACAAGUGAUUACUGUAAUUACGACCCCUCGAAUGACAGGGCAGCCAUCGAUUCACAUGAGGAGUUGACACUACUACUUGCCAAGAUCAUGGAAGUUGCCUCGGGCUCGAGAGGUCUCUUGAAUGUAUGGCGAGCACGGUGGAUGAGUUUGGCAACGUCUACUGCUUUUCAGCUUCCCGCUGUCAUACAGUCCCGGGCGUUCCUUGUCCUCGGAACCCUAGCAACUUCUGACGUUGACGACGAUCUCGUGUAUCAAAUGUUGGUUGCUUUCAAGCAAGCUCUUGGGCAGUCCACAGAAACGGACACAAUAACUGUUGCCUCCAUGCUGAGGUGUAUAUGCAAAAUCGUCCCUGCCUUGGAUGAAGGGUCGAGUUAUCUAUGUCAGCUGUUCUGGCUAGCCGUUGCCCUCCUUCAGUCCAGUUAUAUCGCCUUUUACGCAGAAGCUGCUGAUCUACUCCGCGCGGCGGUCGAAACUUUGGAGAAACACGGUGCAUUUGACGGCACUACCAUUCCCAAGGUUCUACUCGACGGACGGGCUCAGCUAGAAGACACUGUCAGCCAACUAGAUCGCCUGUUGUGUCUAUCAUUCGAGUCUAGUUUCUCCUUCUCUCUUGCGGCCAUCAUCUUCAAGGGCGUUCGCCUUAACCAACUGAAAUCGUCCGCAGAAAUGGUCACCGUUCGGUGCAACAGUUCUGGUUCCCAGUCUAUGCUUUGCCAGGAUGCCCUUGGCUACUUUGUCGCACUUAUCCCGUUCUCCACCACCCGCGAUUCUUAUGUCAGACUCCUGCGAGACUGCCAUGCAGAGGAGCUCUUGCAGGGUGCGACCGCCGUACGGGGCGAGAAUGACUUUGUUCCACGAGUGCCUAUCAAUAUGCUUCCUGUCACGGACAGCACGGCUGCGCUAUUGACGGUCACGUUUGCAACGACCAUGCUCACAACGGCUCAGAGGGAUAAUGCUGAGACCGAGAUGUUGUACAACUUGCUAUUGGAUGUUGGCAGUGCUCAUCCAAAUCUUCCAUUCAUGGUAUACGAGACAUUGCAAGAUAGAAUCGAGGAUGCCUUCGCAAAAACCAGGAACGCCGCUAUAAUCAAGACUGUAUCGGGCAUUUUCCGAGCGUCUCAAGACAACAUCUUUAUAUCUUCCUUGAAAGGUAGCUCAAGGUCUACUCUCAGCACUACGGAUGAUGAUAGUUCAAUGCAUGGACUGAAGAAGCGGCUGGAGGACUUGGGGAUGGAUGGACUCACCACAAGCUUCCAAUUUCUCACCCCUAACAGGGGACAAUGGGCCAAAAUUGCAGCCUGGAUUUCUGAUCUGGUUCUCAAGAUUGUCGGGCUAGAGUAGGCGGGACAUAUUUUAUGGAUUGCAAUGGUGUUAUGUAGUUUAUUCAGCACUUAUAUUUCUUCCCCACUCCCUGUCCUCAUACGUAGUCCAUAAUACAGCUUUAUGUAAUACGUCAUACGGAUCAAGCGAGAAGUAUUCCCAC